AUGACAAUAAACACAGAUCAGCUGGAGGAAACUGCUCGCACCACACGAGCGAACCUCAAAUAUCUACUCGAUGGGCCAAAGAUCAAUCGGCGCUUUGUCUCGGCUGGAGUCGAGGUCAACACAGGCCGCUAUGGCCCUUACGAGAUGACCAUACGCGACGGCAGAGACAUCAGGGACCACUUCUCAUUCGAUCGCCACGGCUUCCAGCUCCUCGACGCGCCAACGACGAUGGUGGACUUCCACGACAAGACCGAAGUCGAAGACAAGUACCAGGCCGAAGUACGCGACCACGUGCAGCGCGCCUUCGGGGCGAGCUUUGUUGUCCCGACUGGCUGGAUGAUCCGCACCUCGGGCGACAUCCCCAAGCCGAAGGAGUCAGACGGCCCGUACCGCCAUCAUGGCGGCGUCCAGCCCCCGGCAGGCGAGGUGCACGUCGACACAGAGCCCAGCCGCCAGCUCGCCUAUGCGCAGCGGCUCUACGAGAAGGAGAGGCCCGGCGGCCCUGGGUUCAAGCGCUUCAUCAUCUCGAGCUUCUGGCGGACGUUCUCCCCGCCCCCACAAGCGUGCCCGCUCGCCGUGUGUGAUGCGCAGAGCGUGCGGGAUGAUGAGGGUGUGCCGAAUACCCUCUGGAUCGUGGACAAGAUCCCCGAGGGAGACGAGAUGUUUGCGGACAUGGAUGACGAGAAACAGUUGGCGGCUGCAAUCUUUCGUCACAGUCCUGACCACCGGUGGUGGUAUUUCUCGGGCAUGGUUCGUGAUGAGGCGCUUCUUUUAAAAUUCCAUGACAGCGAUCACAGCGUUGGCUGGCGCACGCCGCACACGGCCUUUUGGGAUGAGAGCUAUGCGGAUGCUCAUGUGAGGGAGAGUAUUGAGUGUAGAAGCAUUGCGUUCUUCGAGUGA